CUUGCAAAUUAGCCGGGGGCGCGCUGAGCUAUCGGCUAAACUGCUAACGGAACAGGGAAAAGGAAGAUCAGACAUUUCCUACACAGUAAAACAGAGUAAUCUGCACAAGUGCAAAAAUAAUUUGAUCUUAUUUUACCACACACGCCAAAGAUCUCCCCAUCCCUGAUGAACAUGUUCAGUGUGCUGUAAUAUAAUCAAAUCCCCACUGCACAGUCUAGGCACCAUUGAUUUCUUUCAACACUUCAAAAUGGAAACAGAAGCAGAGGUUAUCCCUAUUUGGCAAAAUAAACCGCAUGGAUCAACCCGUAGCGUGGUGAGACGAAUCGGCUCUACACUGCCUCUUAAACCAUGUCCCAGAGCAUGUUUCCAGGAACUCCCAGGCCUUCCUUCAAUGCGUUCAAUCGAUGGUCCACUUGUGCCUACACUAGCAGACAUUGCCUGGAUUGCAGAUGAUGAAGAGGAGACCUAUGCGAGAGUCCGGAGUGACACUCGUCCACUGAGGCAUGAGUGGAGGCCUACGCCACUGCUGGUAAUGCACAGAAACUCAUCUGUGCCCAACUUCAGAAGAGAAGGCCGACGCGUAGAGGGAUUGAGGAAACCAGGAGUGACUGCUCUGAACCGCACCACAGCAUUACAGGAUGAGCUGAGUCGACUCAGAGCGCAGAUCGCCAAGAUCGUCGCUGCAGAUUCAGAUUCGAACCCCAUCACCCCUGAUCUGCUGUCCCCUGAUGACACUAGCAUGGGCUUCUCCAUGGCUCCAUUUGAGACUGCUGCUUACCAGGCUCCUCCCACGGCCUCUUUUGUCAUCAGUGAUGUCACAGAGGAGGAGGAGGAGGAAGAGGAAGAGGACAGAGAGGAAGAGGAGGAGGUGUCUGAACUGGUGCCUGAUCCAAUGCCUCCAGUGUCCAUGACGGCAUCUGCCACAUUUGAUCUUGAUCGCCCUACGAUGGACUUCCGGGAGCCUGAAGAGGACACUGUAUCCCUGUCCAAAUCAACAAGCUUUGCUGAUGUCAUGGACAUGCUGAAAGACAUGAACCGCUUGAAGAUGAGCAAGGACAGAUAUAAUCGUGGAUGCACUUCACUAAGGGAGGAAGAUUCUGCCUCUCUAAUAUCUGAAGCACUGAGGAAAAAAUUUGUCCUGAAAGAUGACGACAUCAGCAUGAGGAAAUAAUCUAGAAUCCAAACCCUCUGCAGACUCUCCAUGCCUGUGCCUGUGGACUGUUGCGAUGGAAACCCCAUAAAGCCUCUGAAUAGAUGGAGAUAUUCUGCAUUCUUCAGCGCUCCCACACUGGUGGUGACAUGGCUGGAAGGAAAAGAUGAAGCUCUCUUUAACACACACACACACACACACAAACACACACAAUCACAAACGCAUACACACCCACACCAACAUGUGUGUGUGUGCGUGAAUAAGGGUCCAUAAAGAUAGCCUUUAUACACAGCGGAUCACUCAACCUCCAAUUCUGCAAAAAAAUCCAGCACUACUUCCCAAAUCCUUUAAUAAUCCAAAUUUCACGCCAAACUAUUCAAGCCACGAAACCAUAGAAGAUUCCUGGAAGAGCCCAGAUUUGUAGACGUGUAGUUUGAAGCUGUAUCUCUUGCCUUACACGUUCCCUCAUUCUCAACCCUGUUAUACUUGAAGCCGUUAUGACGAGUGAUCUGAUGAUAUGCUAACACACUGACUUUCCAUUUUCAGAUGAAACGAGAUGACGUUCUUGUUUGCGUGUGUACAUGUGCACCAUAGACUUCAAGAUUACAUUCACUUGUAAUUAGCGCUCUGUGAUGUUCCCAUUUUGAAGCGUGUAUAUUUUGCCAGAAGACUGAUGUGGUACUGUUACAUGAGUUUGAGUUUAUAACGUGUGUGUGGUUUUCCUUUAGCAAGUACAUUGAGAGAGCUAUUUUUGUUUUGUUUUAUAUUGCGUGUGUCAGACAGGUUGUAAGUGUUUGUGUACGUCUGAAUAGCAUGUGUGAUGUGAUGCUGGAUGUGAGCCAGGUUUGCGAACGCCUCAUGUUUUAUAUGAUGAUGAAGGAUGCUUUAUUUUUCUCACUUUGCAAUGUGUAACAAGCAGUUGUUUUAAACCAUACACAGCUUUUGUGCCAUGAAUACUCAUAAGUGGGAAUCAAACCCAAAAUGUGCUUUCACACUCUUGUUUGGACCUGCUUGCAGCCUUUUCUUACCUGUCUGAAAUGAUGUGUUACUCCACAGUAAUCUAGCUUUGUUAAAAUGCUUACUAUUUAGUUCUCUUCAUCAUUUGUUUCAGAGCCACAGCUACCAAUAAUUCAUGCAUUAGUUUACAGUAUAACUAUUUUCAUAUCAGAGUUCUAUUCGUAUAUGAAUCUGAUUAAAGUCAUCAUUAAUGAUAAUAGAGCUGUAAUUGAAACUUGUAUCAUGCACUGAACAUACUAGCAUAUGUUCCUGUACCCGUCAGAGUAACGGGUAAACGCGUGUGCGAGAUUCUGAAUGCCGAGUUUCAUUUCUUGGCUGAACCACGGUAAACACUUCAAAUUUGCUUUCAUGCAGGCCAGCGUUGGCGGUUUCAUGGUCUCUUUUAGAGGACCGAAUCUUGUGUAAUUGCGUGUUUGCCGUUUGUCAAAUAAGGGAAUUCUGUCUGUAUGUUAUAUGUGCGUAAGACAGGAAAACAAUAAAUGGUUAAAGUCAUUAUA